CGGCCCGCACCCGAGCUGCAGGCAGCGGGCGCCAUUGUGAGCACAGCGGGCCCGGACAGGACGCCCGGGCGCCGGGGUCCCCGUAGUAGCGGGGAGACCAGCCGGCCCUCCAGGGUCCGUGGCCGAUCCCCAGGAGGAGCUGCUCUGGGUUGCCAUGAGAGAGACUUUGGAGGCCCUCAGCUCCCUGGGAUUCUCUGUGGGACAGCCAGAGAUGGUCCCCCAAAGUGAGCCCAGGGAAGGAUCUCAUAAUGCCCAGGAGCAGAUGGCCUCUUCCAGGGAGGAGAACGUGCUGGGCACGUGCCCAGGGCAUGAGGCCCCCAAUCUGGAGGAAGGUGCCCACACUGAGCAGGCUGAGGCUCCCUGCAGAGGCGGCCAGGUGUGCACACCACAGAAGGCUGAGCCUGUGGGCUCCUGCUCAGGGGACGAAUGGAUGAUUCGGAAGGUGAAAGUGGAGGAUGAGGAUCAGGAGGCAGAACAGGAGGUCGAAUGGCCCCAGCAUCUAUCCUUACUUCCAAGCCCCUUUCCCGCUCCCGACCUGGGGCAUCUGGCCGCUUACAAACUUGAGCCCGGGGCCCCAGGGACACUGGGAGGACUCUCGCUGUCCGGGUGGGCCCCGAUCCCCGAGAAGCCCUAUGGCUGCGGGGAGUGCGAACGGCGCUUCCGGGACCAGCUGACGUUGCGGCUGCACCAGAGGCUGCACCGGGGCGAGGGCCCCUGUGCCUGUCCGGACUGUGGCCGCAGCUUCACGCAGCGCACGCACAUGCUGCUGCACCAGCGCAGCCACCGCGGAGAGCGGCCUUUCCCAUGCUCCGAGUGCGACAAGCGCUUCAGCAAGAAGGCCCACCUGACCCGCCACCUGCGCACGCACACGGGCGAGCGGCCCUACCCGUGCGCAGAGUGCGGCAAGCGCUUCAGCCAGAAGAUACAUCUGGGCUCGCACCAGAAGACCCACACUGGCGAGCGGCCCUUCCCCUGCACCGAGUGCGAGAAGCGCUUUCGCAAGAAGACGCACUUGAUCAGGCACCAGCGCAUCCACACGGGCGAGAGGCCCUACCAGUGCGCGCAGUGCGCACGCACCUUCACGCACAAGCAGCACUUGGUGCGGCACCAAAGGGUGCACGAGGCGGCCGGCCAGGCCCGGCCCUCCCCCGACGCGCCCGCCUCGCCCCAUUCCCCCGCCCCGUCCCCCACCCCGUCCCCUCCUGGGCCGAAGCCGUUCGCCUGCUCCGACUGCGGCUUGAGCUUCGGCUGGAAAAAGAACCUCGCCACGCACCAGCGUGAGCACCGCAGUGAGGGUCGUCCCUUUGGGUGCGAAGAGUGUGCACUGGACGCCAUCGUGGACCCUGCCGCCGCACAGUCCUUGGCCUGCACGCCCCGAGGGCCGGGCUGCGGGACAGGCUCGGGGCCAGCGGUGCCGCCGCGCACCCCUUCGGGCGAGCGGUCCUUCUUCUGCCCGGACUGCGGGCGCGGCUUCGCCCACGGGCAGCACCUGGCGCGGCACCGGCGCGUGCACACGGGCGAACGGCCCUUCGCCUGCGCUCAGUGCGGCCGCCGCUUUGGCUCGCGGCCCAAUCUGGUCGCCCACUCCCGCGCCCACAGCGGCGCCAGGCCUUUCGCCUGUGCGCAGUGCGGCCGCCGCUUCAGCCGCAAGUCUCAUCUGGGCCGCCACCAGGCGGUGCACACGGGCAGCCGCCCCCACGCCUGCGCCGUCUGCGCCCGUAGCUUCAGCUCCAAAACCAACCUGGUCCGCCACCAGGCCAUCCACACUGGCUCCCGCCCCUUCUCCUGCCCGCAGUGCGGCAAGAGCUUCAGCCGCAAGACCCACCUGGUGCGGCACCAGCGCGUCCACGGCGAAGGCGCCCAUGCGGCCGCAGACGCUGCCCUCUCGGCCCCAGCCUGGCCCACUCCCGCCGAGGGGGCGCCGCGCGCGCUCUUCUUCUGAGCCCUCUCGCCAGGACCCGUUGCUCACAGUUCCGAGGGACCCGUGCCGCCAGGCCUGGGCUGCUGCCGGCCGUUUUCCUUCCCUCAAAAGUCCUAAAAGCGUUCCCAGCUUUGACGUUACAGGACAAAGACUAUGCGCAGAGUGAAUCCUUGCUGGGGACAGUUUAGGCCGAAGUCCUCGGAAGACUCCCACCCAGAUGCCCCUUCGGAAAGCAGACAUUUCCUGGACCUCGAGUGACCAAGGACAGAUUGGGCCAGGAACCUCUAGCGGGUGGGAAAGAGUGGUUAUCUGUAUACUUAAAGUUUCAUUAAAGUUAA